CUCAAAGGCGAUGCUCCUCCUCCUCAAGGGGAACCGAAUUGGAGCUUCCGCGACUUCUCGGGAAUCGGGGCGACGACCGAAGGGCCAUGGAGUCCCUGUUGCUGAGUGAUACAGAAGAAGUAGCUGCUUUGUACCGUGAACUUAGCCAGUUCCCUUCCCUUUCCCAUGCUUGUAUUGGACCUGAGGUAACAACUCAAUACGGUGGCAAACAUUGCAACAUUUAUACAGAGUGGUCACAGCGGGACUUGGGAAGAGCUGAAAAUGUGAAAUUCUGCCAUCAGUACCUCAUUUUCCAUGACAGCCAAUCCAUCGUCUAUUCUGGCCCCUCAGGCAAUUGCACUGAAAUCAAAGGAGAGCUGCUCAGUCGGGAUUCUCCGAGUGGAACUCAAAAAGCUGUUCUGCGAAAGACGAGCAGUGGCAAAGGCGAGGAAAAACAGUUCCUGGAGGUGUGGGAAAAAAACCGGAAGGUGAAGAGCAUUGAGCUAACAGCUCUAGAGAAGCAUGGCCAAGUAUAUGACGACGAUCAGUUUGGCUGCUUGGCCUGGUCACACUCAGAGACUCACCUUCUCUACGUGGCAGAAAAGAAACGUCCCAAGGGAGAGUCUUUUUUUAAGCCCAGAGCCCCUGAGCUGAGCACCGAAGAGGAACUGACCAAGACUGAACAAGACAAAGCAAUAAAGGGAGAGCAGUUUGUAUUUUAUGAAGACUGGGGGGAAACUCUGGUGGCUAAGAGUAUCCCUGUACUGUGUGUAUUGGACAUUGAGAGCAACAAUGUUUCUGUGCUAGAAGGUGUUCCAGAACACAUCUCACCUGGGCAGGCUUUCUGGACUCCAGGUGACACAGGAGUGGUAUUCACAGGCUGGUAUCAUGAGCCUUUCCGUCUAGGCUUGAAGCACUGCAUCAAUCGCAGAUCAUCACUUUUCCAUGUCGAUCUGACAGGUGGUCAAUGUGAGCUGUUGUCCGAUGACACCAAAGCCAUUUGGUCUCCACGGUUGAGCCCAGACCAGUGUCGCAUUGUAUACUUGGAGAAUCAGGCUUCUGGACCUCAUCAGCAGUGCAGCCGUCUCUGCAUGUAUGACUGGUACACCAAGCUCACUUCCGUGAUAGUGGAUAUUGUGCCUCGACAGAUCCAGGGUGGGUUUGCUGGAAUCUAUAGCACAGCACUGCCUGAGCAUUGCUGGGCAGCAGACAGUCAAAGAGCUGUGCUGGACACAACCCAGCGCAGCAGGCAGGAGCUGAUUGUGGUGGAUACAGCAUCGAGAAGUGUGUGUUCACUCACCAAAGGUUCUUCUCUUGGAAGCUGGGUACUGCUCACCAUUGACAGAGAUCUGAUGGUGGCCAGAUUCUCCACUCCUAACUCUCCUCCUAUGCUUAUGGUAGCUUUCCUGCCUCCUGCAGGCAAGGAAGCAGAAGUGAACUGGGUGUGUCUGGAAGAAACCAGCCCCAUUCAAGGUAUCAGUUGGAGUGUCCAUAUUCUGCAGCCUUCUCCAGAUCAAGACAAUCCCCAGUAUAGAGGUCUGGAUUUUGAAGCCAUACUACUCAAGCCCACUCAGGUACCAGAGAAAACCAAGCUUCCAUUAGUGGUGUCACCACAUGGAGGCCCACAUUCAGUGUUCACCACCACCUGGACACUGUAUCCAGCAGUGCUGUGUCGGAUGGGAUUUGCUGUGCUACUGGUGAAUUACCGAGGAUCUUUGGGCUUUGGCCAGGAUAGUGUGGAUUCACUACCAGGAAAUGUGGGUACCCAGGAUGUCAAAGAUGUGCAGUUUUGUAUACAGCAGAUGCUACAGGAAGAACCUCUGGAUCCAAAGAGAGUAGCUUUGCUUGGAGGAUCUCAUGGAGGUUUCUUAUCUUGUCAUCUCAUUGGCCAAUACCCUGACACUUUCAAAGCCUGUGUGGCCAGGAAUCCUGUGGUCAAUAUGGCCUCCAUGAUUGGAAGCACCGAUAUCCCUGAUUGGUGCUUGACUGAAGUUGGGUUACCCUAUGACCAAGCUGCUCUCCCAGUUCCUGAACACUGGACAAAGAUGUUGCUUCAUUCACCUAUGCAGUAUGUUGACAAGGUUCAGGCACCAGUUCUCUUAAUGAUUGGAGAAGAAGAUAGACGUGUUCCCCCCAAGCAAGGCUUGGAAUAUUACCGUGCACUUAAGUCCAGGGGUGUUCCCACCCGGAUGCUGUGGUAUCCAGGUGAUAACCAUGCACUAUCCAGUGUGGAGGCUGAGGCAGAUGGUUUCAUGAAUAUUGCACUCUGGCUUCUCCAGCACUUGAAGUAAUGAUUACAGAAGCUUACUCCUUUUAGAUGAGGCCAGCUAACAGAAAUUCAAGUCUCUUCAAUUUCAAAGAGCCUCUAGUAGCUGAUUGGUACUCUGAUUCCUAGUCUCCAAAGUGUGAAUAGGCAUAUAACAAUGUCUUGUAUGCAUCAUCCUCUAGGCCAUCUCAGUUGUGCUAGAGAGAGAAGCUACACUGGCCUUACCGUUUUGCCAAAUCUAGCACUUUACCAAUAAUUCCACCUUUAGGGUACUGUUCAGAAUGGUCAAAUAUUGGAGCGCUGAUAAAUAUCCCCAUUAGAUGUUAAUAGAAUCUCUGGAUUUCAUUUAAGUCAUUCAAGCUAAACUGAAAAGAAUGGAUUUCAAAAAUCAAGCUGCAGAAUAUAUUCUUGAGAUGUCUUUUAUUAACUUCAGAAAAACCAAAUUAUCUAGGAUAAAUACUUAGAUUGGGAAUGAUUGGAAUGCAGUAUUUUGAAGAGAUGUAAUACCAGUAACUUGAAAUUUAAAGGAUGAAAUUAUGAUUUAUAAAAUGAAGUUUAUUGAUGGCUUGGAUUGGAGAGACCUGAUUUGGUAGUACAUGUGAAAGGGAUCUGGAUGUACUUGUUGACCACAAGCUAAUCAGGAGCCAGCAGUGUGAUGCAGCUACUAAAAAGGCAAAUGCUAUCUCAGAGUGCGUUAACAGGAACACAGUCCAGACCAUAGGAAGUAACUGUUCCACUCUCCUCUGCCCUUGUCAAAACCCAUUUGGAGUACUGUGUCCAGUUUUGAGCACCAUAAUUCAAACAGCACAGUGACAAGUAGAAGCAAGUUCAGAGGAGGGCUAUCAAGAUGGUGAAGGAUCUGGAAACCAAGCCCACAUUUAACUUGCAGAGGGACAACUAAGGGAAGUUAUGACAGCCUUCAGAUAUCUGAAGGGUUAUCUCACAGACAAGGGAAUCAGUUUAUACUCUGUCGCCCCAGAGGGCAGGACCAGAGCCAAGGGUUAAAACUACAAUGAAGCAGGUUCAGGCUAGACAUCAGGAAGAACUUCCUGAUUGUAUGAGCUGUCAGCCAGUGGUAAGUUCUCCACUAGGGGUCUUCAAACAGUAGUUAGAAGCUCAUCUGUCACAUACUGUUGUGGAUCCAGGACUCAGCAGGGGAUUGGACUAGAUGACCUCUUUGCUCCUUUCCAGAUCUGAUUCUAUGAUUCUAUUUGACAGUGAACUUUCAUAGCUGUAGUAAUAAGUCACAGCAUGUUAAGGGUUGUCUGGAAAGAAAAAUAAUCCACUACCAGCCUAAAAGAUUGCUGUCACUGCAAUCCUGUGCACUAAUACCUAGUAACAAACCUUUUUAACACAGUGGGAUUGCUUCUGAAUAUGCAUGUUAUUUUUUCUCAUGUGAAAUAGGACAUCACAGAUCUUUGUGCACAGAGAAUUAUUUAAAGGAAGUUAAUUGAGAAAAUAACAUGUUAUUUAUUCUCUUUAUGUUGCCAUUUUUUACAUCUGAAGGAAUGGUUAAAUUAAAAUAUACUCCCUCAUAGGAUAGUUUCUGAUUUACCAAAGGCCAGUGAUCUGAACAAGGACUUGAAUCUCCUGUAUUGUGUUGUUUCACUCUGCACUGCUUUAUUUUUUGUUUUUAGCAAUGCUGCACUAAUUUAUUACAGGCCAUGAAUUGUAAGAA